CCAACCUCCGAACUAGCAAUAGAAAAUUCCAACAUUUUCGCCAACAUUAAUUCCCAUGGGAUUGAAGCUUUCUUGCAUCAGCCGGCGACGCGGCUCGCCGGUGCCGGCGCCGGCCAGGGUCAUCGCCGCCGACGGCUCGCUCAAGGAGCUCCAUGCGGCCGCCUCUCCCGCCGUCGCCGACGUGCUCCGCGGCGAGGGCGAGUCCUUCUUCGUGUGCAACUCCGACACGCUCUACUUCAACGAGCAGCCGCCGGCGAUGGCGCCGGGGGAGGCGCUCCGGCCGGGGCAGAUAUACUUCGUGCUCCCGGCGGCGAUGCUCGGGCAGCCGCUGUCCACCGCCGACAUGGCCGCGCUGGCGGUGCGCGCGAGCGCCGCGCUCGCUGCCGUCAAGGCGCCGCGCCGCCGAGGGGCUCGCCGCGGCGGCGACAGGAAGAUGAAGACGGUGCGCGUCACGCCGCUGCGGGACGAGGGCCUCGACGGCGGCGACGUCCUGCUCCACGAGAAGCUCAACGAGCGGACUCUGGGUGAGUUCCCGGCGUCGUGGAGCCCGCCGAAGAGCGGCGGCGAGAAGCUCGCCGCGGCGGCGCGGUCGCGGUUGAAGCGCGUGCUGAGCAUCAUCCAAGAGGAUGCAUAAAUAUUCAAUUUUUUCCACUUCUUUUUUGGGGAAACAAUUUUUUUUCAGAAGCUCGAAGCCCAAUACAUGCUUAAAGCUUUAAUUAAUACUUGCUCUGUUUCAGAAUGUUUCAGAAUGUUUGACACCGUUAGACUUUUUAUUACGUGUUUGACCAUUCGUCUUAUUAAAAAAAUUUAAGUAAUUAUUUAUUCUUUUCAUAUCAUUUGAUUCAUUGUUAAAUAUAUUUUCAUGUACAUAUAUAGUUUUACAUAUUUUACAAAUUAUUUUGAAUAAGACAAACGGUCAAACAUGUGCUAAAAAGUCAACGGUGUCAAACAUUUUGAAACGGAUGGAGUAUGUUUAAUUAGUAGAUUUAGAAAGAAAAGAAUACUGGGGAAAAAGAUUCAUGGAUGAAUCACCCUCUUGUAUAUACGACUUCAAUCUGUAGUUGCAAAACUACAAAAAUGUAAAAAAAAAGUUGAUCUUUGUACAAUUUUUCCUGAUGUACAUUUCCCAGACUCUGAUUUUCUGCUGGUUACAUAGAAAGAUGGAGAAUUAAGGAAUUAAUUCAGGCUGUGUAGAACAGAAGCUACAUGGUGCCAGUUAGUGUCAUUUUCCUCGCGAUCACAGUCGAACUUUGUAUUAUCCUGACAUCAUUUGCAAUAAUUGUGAAAUAAGUGAA